GGCCAGGCCCGAGCGAGGCGGCGCCGGCUCCGCGCCAUGGGGCGGCUGGUGGCUCUGAGCUUGCUGGGGAUCGCGCUGGCCCUGCUGGGCGAGAGGCUCCUGGUGUUCAGAAAUCGACUUAAAACCUCCAGAGAAGUAGAAUCUUUAGACCUUCCAAACUGCCACCUGAUUAAAGGAAUCGAAGCUGGCGCUGAAGAUAUUGACAUACUUCCCAAUGGUCUGGCUUUCUUUAGUGUGGGUCUCAAAUUUCCAGCACUCCACAGCUUUGCACCAGAUAAGCCUGGAGGAAUACUAAUGAUGGAUCUAAAAGAAGAAAACCCGAGGGCACUGGAAUUAAGAAUCAGCCGUGGAUUUAAUUUGGCUUCAUUUAAUCCACAUGGUAUCAGCACUUUCGUAGACAGCGAUGACACAGUUUAUCUCUUUGUUGUAAACCACCCGGAAUUCAAGAAUACAGUGGAAAUUUUUAAGUUUGAAGAAGAAGACAAUUCUCUUUUGCAUCUAAAAACAAUCAAACAUGAGCUUCUUCCAAGUGUGAAUGAUAUCGUAGCCGUUGGACCAGCACAUUUCUAUGCCACCAAUGACCACUAUUUCUCUGAUACUUUCUUAAAGUAUUUGGAAACAUACUUGAACUUACACUGGACAAAUGUUGUUUACUACAGUCCAAAUGAAGUUAAAGUGGUAGCUGAAGGAUUUGAUACAGCAAAUGGGAUCAAUAUUUCACCUGAUCAAAAGUACAUCUAUGUUGCUGAUAUAUUGGCUCAUGAAAUUCAUGUUUUGGAAAAACACCCUGAUAUGAAUUUAACUCGUUUGAAGGUACUCACGUUGGAUACACUGGUGGAUAAUUUAUCUAUCGAUCCUUCCUCUGGGGACAUCUUGGUAGGCUGUCAUCCUAAUGGCCAGAAGCUCUUUGUUUAUGACCCAAACAAUCCUCCUUCAUCAGAGGUUCUCCGCAUCCAGAAUAUUCUAUCCGAGAAGCCUACAGUGACUACAGUUUAUGCCAACAACGGAUCUGUUCUCCAGGGAAGUUCUGUGGCCUCAGUGUAUGAUAGGAAGCUGCUCAUAGGCACUUUAUACCACAGAGCCCUGUACUGUGAACUCUAAAUUGUACUUUUGGUAUGCAAGUGUGCUAACUUCUCUUAACAAUUAAUUUUCUAUGGAUUGACAAUUCUGAGGGAAUUUGACCAGCAAAGUUGACCCAGAAAUGUGUGAUAUGUAUAGUUAAUUUUAUUUCAGUAAGGAAAGGCCCCUUCAGUUCUUAUAGCACUUUUAACAUCAAAGGAAAAUGAACAGUUUUUAAAAAUGCUGAGUAAAGGAGAGAGAAGAAAGCUACUUUUGAUAAAGUGAAUAUACUUUGCACAAAGUAAGCCUCCCCUCUGCCUUCCAACUGCCAGAACAUGAAUUCCACUGAAACAGGGUAGACUGCAUUUCCUUAAAAUGUGAGUGACCUCAACUCCAGCAGUGUGACCACUGGGACUGUUCAGAACUACUGAUAGAGAACAUGUUUUGAUGUUUUGUACUUACAUCUUUGUUUACUAUUGAAGAAUUGGAGUUGUAUUAAAGACUAACGAAAAUCCA